UAUGGUUGGGGCCGUGGCGGCGGGCGCGCCGGUCUUUGCCCUUGAAGUUUGCAGCCGUCCACCAUGGCUGUGCUGGCAGUGCUUCUGCGCCGCAGCGUCCGCGGGCGCGCGCCUCUGCUCCGGAGGCUGCAGCAGGAAAUAAGAUACACAGAGCGAAGUUAUGUGUCAAAACCUACUUUGAAUGAAGUGGUUAUAGUAAGUGCCACAAGAACACCCAUUGGAUCCUUUCUGGGCAGCCUUUCCUCACUACCAGCCACUAAACUUGGUUCUAUUGCAGUUCAGGGAGCUAUUGAAAAGGCAGGGAUUCCAAAGGAAGAGGUGAAAGAAGCGUACAUGGGUAAUGUCAUACAAGGAGGAGAAGGGCAAGCCCCUACAAGGCAAGCAGUACUGGGUGCAGGCCUACCUAUUUCAACUCCGUGCACUACUGUGAAUAAGGUUUGUGCUUCAGGAAUGAAAGCUAUCAUGUUGGCCUCUCAAAGUCUUAUGUGUGGACACCAGGAUGUCAUGGUGGCAGGUGGGAUGGAAAGCAUGUCCAAUGUUCCAUAUGUAAUGAACAGAGGAGCAACACCAUACGGUGGGAUAAAACUUGAAGAUUUGAUUGUAAAGGAUGGGCUAACUGAUGUCUACAAUAAAAUUCAUAUGGGUAACUGUGCGGAGAAUACUGCAAAGAAGCUGAGUAUCACACGAGAUGAGCAGGAUAUCUAUGCUAUUAACUCUUACACCAGGAGCAAAGAUGCGUGGGAAGCUGGAAAAUUUGGAGACGAAGUUAUACCUGUCACAAUCACAGUGAAAGGUAAACCAGACAUAGUGGUGAAAGAAGAUGAAGAAUACAAACGUGUUGAUUUUAGUAAAGUUCCAAAGCUGAAGACAGUUUUCCAAAAAGAAAAUGGCACAGUCACAGCUGCCAAUGCCAGCACACUGAAUGAUGGAGCAGCUGCUGUGGUUCUGAUGACUGCAGAUGCAGCCAAAAGGCUCAAUGUUAAGCCCCUGGCACGAGUAGCAGCAUUUGCUGAUGCCGCUGUAGACCCUAUUGACUUUCCAAUUGCACCUGCAUAUGCUGUACCCAAGGUUCUUAAAAACGCAGGACUGAAAAAAGAAGACAUUACAAUGUGGGAAGUAAAUGAAGCUUUCAGUGUGGUUGUACUAGCCAACAUUAAAAUGCUGGAGAUGGAUCCCAAGAAAGUGAAUAUCCAUGGAGGAGCAGUUUCUCUGGGGCAUCCCAUUGGGAUGUCCGGAGCCCGGAUUGUCAUUCAUUUGGUUCACGCCUUGAAGCAAGGAGAAUUUGGUCUUGCCAGUAUUUGCAAUGGAGGUGGUGGUGCUUCUGCUAUACUGAUCGAGAAGCUGUAGAAGACAACCCUACCCUGUGUGACUGGAAAUCCUGCCAAAAACAUGUGACUCUCCUGGGUCAGCUUAUAUUCAAAGUUUAUUUCAUUUUUUAUUAUUUUCCAUCUUAACUUUUUUUAAUGACAUAAAAUUACAUCACUUUUGGAAUCACAAAUAAAUUUUUCUU